CGUGAAUUGUAACUAUCAAACAGGAAAAGAAAGAGAAUGCGCUGGCUGACUUGAGAGAGCAUUCUUCCUGAUCUAUACUGAGUUGGAUGGGCAUCGUUUGAUCAUGCUCCCUCUAGGCCUUUUAACAGCUGCCCAAGGCCAUCCUAUGCUCGUCGAGCUGAAAAAUGGCGAAACCCUCAACGGCCACCUUGUUAACUGCGACAACUGGAUGAACCUGAUCCUCAGAGAAGUCGUCCAAACAAGCCCUGAAGGUGACCGCUUUUUUAGAUUGCCUGAGAUGUAUGUGAGGGGGAAUAAUAUCAAAUACCUACGAGUCCCUGAAGAAGUCGUCGACCUAGCAAAGGACCAGCAGCAGAACCAGCCGUCGAAUCGUGCCCGUGGUGGUCAACAACAUCGCGGGGAUGGUGGCAGGAUAGAUCGCGGGAGAGGUGGGGCCCGGGGUGGUAGGGGACGCGGAAGGGGAAGAGGUGGCAACUGAAUUCAGAGAUAUUCUGUCAUAACUCCUUUUCAUAUCCGUCCGUCUGCUUUGAUACCCAGUCAAUAGGGAGGCCGUGUGUCUCUGUGCGCGCAUGUGUUUUUAAUGAAUAUGAGACCUGCUCUCUUUGGGCAUCCCCUUUCAAGGAUAUGUCCACUAUGCAUGGCUAUUACUCUUCUGGGAAAAAUCAUCCGGCGUUUGUCGGCAUGGGGUUAAAGGGGGAUAUAUGCAUUUAUGUGCAAAAAUGAGCAUCAUGUUUUCUUUUCUGGCUGCAUUUAGCUGAUACAUUACAGCUUCUGCGUAACUGAUGUAUACGGAGUCGGCCCCGGCGGGUACGCCAGCGUUUCCUGAGACGGGUUACAAUAUCGAUGGACCUGUUAGGCAACAUUAAUAUUCGAAAGUGAUCAUGAUGUAUUGACUGCUCAUCUAUCUCUAUCUGACAUGGACAAUUGUUUCAUUCCCUAUACAUCCGUAUCAUCCGAAUUAUAGCGGGCAUGGACAUUUUUUCAGGCUUUUCUAUGUCAUUAAUGCAUCCCCUGCCGACUCCCCGAACGCCUCGCAUAAUAUAUAGUACAGCCGAGGGUCAGAACCGUUCCCGUUUAUGAAUCUCUCUUGUAAUCACCCCCUUCCGAAAUGGCGUCAUCAGCCCCCAAAGCCUAGACAUCUGCCACCUCAGGUUUAUCUCAGAAGCGCCCACCCCCCGGGGUCCUUCAACCUCGAAACCCGCACAGGCUCAAUGAGGUUACAAGGACCUCCUCAAAAGCUCCUCCUUUGGAGCAUUGGGAUCAACAACCUCUUGCUCCUGUUGCUCCCGACCUCGCCAAUCUGCCGCAUGGCUCUCUGUAACAGGCUCUCCUGGCGCUGGCUCCCGAAUAACUUUCCCUGCAGUAGCUGAUACCCCAGCCUCUGUUUCUGGUCCCUUUUCCACCUCCGCAUACUUCCACACAACCUUCAGCCGAUCCAAGGCCUUCACGCCCCUAUUACUCGUCCCUCGAAUCCCAUCCAGCGCCUCCCAGUCCACCUCAAAGACUCCAGAAUCAUACGCAUGCCCACCUUCGAAGUAUGCAUUAAACCAGACGUGCGCAACGGAUGUAAUCAUCGUCCAACUAGUGUAUGUGGACAGGGCUCGCCGGUCGAUACUGAUAUUUACGUCUGAGGUGGGAAUUAUGACUUUAUUUUGUGGGCGGAGGAUUAUGGCUGGAAUGACGGUUUCCAUGUCUGUAGAGGUAGAUAGGACGCUUUGGAACAUUUUGGACCAGGGUUUCGGUGUGGUGAUGGGUUGGAAUGGCGGAGCGAUGUCUGAAGGUAUGGGCGGCGGUGACGUAUCUGGUGGGAUAGUUAGGCUACCGGUAUCAUUCAACGUGCUCUCAUCAUCGUCCUCCUCUGGCGUCGGCCUAGCUUUCACCUUCCCCGUCCCAUCCUCACACCCCUUCCAUUCGCCACCCAUUAUAAUCUUCUCACACCGAUGAAACCGAUGAAAACACUUGAUCCGCCUCCCCUCCUCAAUAAAUCCCUCAACGUCCACCUCCACCCCAUCUCUCAACCCCCAUAUAUGCACCUCCAACACCUCCACAGGCCUCUCCACAUAUACCUUCCCCAGCUCCUUCGUCCACCGAUCCACAUAUCCCACCCACCUCAGUUGGCUGGGUAUACUCACACCUUCCCCGAACCUCGCUCUCAUUCUCCUUUCUGUAAACCGCCUUAGCGCCUCCUCAGCUACCCACCCCCGCUCACUAAUCAGAAAGCUACACGCAAUCGUCCCGCUCCGCCCCUUGCCAGCUUUGCAAUGCACGACAGCCACCCGUUUCCCCCUCUCAUCACCAUCACCAUCACCAUCACCUUCGUCAUCCCUAACCUCACCUUCCAUUUCCCCCAUAUUACCCCCAUCCCCUAGCAACCAAUUCCGCAUGCUAGCCAUGAUAUGUGGAAUAAGUGCGAAGGGCGGUGGGUGGUGGUCCGGAAAUGGGAAAUGGUGGAUACGACCAUAGACCUCUUCAUCUGGGUAUCCCGUGCCUUCCGCCCGGAAUUCCCAGAUUGCCCAAUUUUCGCCGUGUUUGAGGUCUAGGAAACGGACGAGGGAGUCUGUAGGGUUGCGGUACACACGGCGGGGAUAGGUAGAGGAAGGUCCGGAAGUGACAAUUACUAGGAAAAGUAAAUCAGUAUUUGAUAAGACACAGUACUGAAAUGUAAUGGGAUAGCUUUGACGUACUCUCGUCCGUCACAUAGCAUAAAUCAAGACCAGCUUCGGGAUGACGGAGUCGAGGGCCCGCAACUAUCUGGCGGAGAAUGGAGGCCUACUAUCCAGUCAAUGAAAUUAGUCGGUUAAAGAGUCAUGAAUUUACUUCAAGAGACCAUCCGGUUGCCGAUCAAUUGGACCGGUAAGCACAAGUUCUUAACAGCGGGCAUACACACCAUGGAAAAAAAAAAAACAAAAAAAACGGA